AUGGAUUGCUGGAAGGGAGACGUAGGCCGCAGCUGGAUUUAUCCCACACUCAUCAUCUGUGCAAAUGGAUUUUUCUCCACAAUGAGGCCAUCAGAAUCUUUUCUCACUCCUUAUCUAACCGGACCAGACAAAAACCUAACGAUUGAAGAAGUCACCAACCAGAUUUUCCCAGUUUGGACAUACUCCUACCUCGUGCUCCUUUUCCCAGUCUUCCUGAUUACAGACUAUGUGCGCUACAAGCCCAUCCUCCUCCUCCAGGGAGUCAGCUUCAUCAUCACAUGGCUCUUGCUCCUCUUCGCACACGGUGUGGCGGCCAUGCAGGUGGUCGAAUUCUUCUAUGGGAUGGUGACAGCCAGCGAGGUCGCCUAUUACGCCUACAUCUACAGCGUCGUCAGCACCGAUCACUAUCAGAGAGUGACGAGCUAUUGCAGAAGUAUCACUCUGGUGGCAGCCACUGUUGCCGCCGUGCUGGGACAGCUGCUGGUUUCCUUAGCAAAUGUAUCCUACUUUCACCUUAAUGCCAUUACUUUGGCUUCCGUGUCCCUGGCAUUUGUGUGUUCGUUUUUCCUCCCAAUGCCUCAAAAGAGCAUGUUCUUCCACAGGAAAGAUGUCUCAGAAACAUUCCCAGCACCGGAUAAAGUUGUGGCUACAGUCUGCUCUGACGGGCCAUCGAGCUGCCAAGAGGACAAGGGCUCCGCGCCUGCUGACAGGGGACCAACAGCUGAACAGCAGCCUGACAAGGCCAAGCCCCAGAAUCACGUGCUCAGAGUACUGGUGCAGCUGAGCCAGGACCUGAGGGAUUGCUACAGCUCUAGGAAACUUCUCUACUGGUCCCUGUGGUGGGCUCUGGCUACGGCAGGCUUUAACCAGGUUCUGAAUUACAUCCAAGUGCUGUGGGACUUCAGAGCCCCCUCUCACAGCUCUGCCGUGUACAAUGGAGCUGUUGAAGCAAUAGCAACUUUUUUAGGUUCAGCAACAUCCAUGGCAGUUGGAUACGUCAAAGUAAACUGGGAUCUUUCUGGUGAACUGGCUUUGGGAAUUUUCUCUGCAAUGGAUGCUGGUUCUCUGUUCCUCAUGCACUUUACUGACAACAUCUGGGCAUGUUAUGCUGGUUACCUUGUGUUUAAAGCAUGCUAUAUGCUCCUCAUAACAAUAGCAACGUUUCAGAUUGCUGUCAAUCUGAGCAUGGAGCGUUACGCUUUGAUGUUUGGCUUCAACAACUUUGUGGCACUGGUGAUUCAGACAAUUCUAACUGUUGUUGUAGUGGAUUCGAAAGGUCUGGGACUGGAUAUCAGCACCCAGUUUCUCAUUUAUGGCAGCUACUUUGCGUUCAUAGCUGGAAUUUUCCUGAUCAGAAGCAUACACACCAUUAUCUCCAUCAAAUGCAGAAAUACCACUGUGGCUGGUGAAAGCAUUGAUCAUUAA